AUGACCCUCGGCCACUUCCCCCCCGCUGCCGCCAACACCGUCCCCCCUCCCCCUCCCGAAGCCUUCGUGCCCCUCUUCCAGACCAACACCUCCAGUGUCUCUACCGCAAAGCCCCAAGGUUUCUACAGCAUGGCCGGUACCCCCUCUUCCCAGCUCGCCUGGUUGUCAGGCUUGAGCACCAACUUUAACGAGAUGGCUCCCGAGCAGAAGUUCUUGCGAAAGACUUCCAUCAUCGCCACCAUCGGCCCCAAGACCAACAAUGUUGAGACCCUCGUCCAGCUCGCUGACGCUGGUAUGAAUGUCGUCCGAAUGAACUUUUCUCACGGUUCAUACGAGUACCACCAGUCUGUCAUUGACAACGCCCGAGCUGCCGCUGCCAAGAACCCCUCCGGCCGACCCCUCGCCAUUGCCCUCGACACCAAGGGCCCCGAGAUCAGGACUGGUUUGAUGAAGGAUGACACCGACAUUCCCAUCUCCGCUGGUCACGAUUUCUGGGUCACCACCGACAAGGCUUACGCUGAGGCCGGUACCGCCGAGCACAUCUACAUGGACUACGCCAAUAUCGUCAAGGUCACCGCCCCCGGCAAGCUCAUCUAUGUCGAUGACGGUAUUCUCUCCCUCCAGGUCAUCGCCGUUGAGGGCGAGAAGCUCCGAGUCAAGUCUCUCAACUCUGGUACCCUCUCUUCUCGAAAGGGUGUCAACCUUCCCAAGACUGCCGUCGACCUUCCCCCUCUCUCUGAGAAGGACAAGGCCGACCUUGCCUUUGGUGUCAAGAACGGUGUCGACAUGAUCUUUGCCUCCUUCAUCCGUUCCGCCAACGAUGUCAAGGAGAUCCGAAAGGUGCUUGGCCCCGAGGGUGCCGCCAUCAAGAUUAUCGUCAAGAUUGAGAACGAGCAGGGUGUCAUGAACUUUGACGAGAUCCUUCGAGAGACUGACGGUGUUAUGGUCGCCCGUGGUGACCUCGGUAUCGAGAUCCCCGCUUCUCAGGUCUUUAUGGCCCAGAAGAUGAUGAUUGCCAAGUGUAACGUUGCCGGCAAGCCCGUCAUCUGUGCCACCCAGAUGCUCGAGUCUAUGACUUACAACCCCCGACCUACCCGUGCCGAGGUUUCCGACGUCGCCAACGCUGUCAUUGACGGUGCUGACUGUGUCAUGCUUUCUGGUGAGACCGCCAAGGGCAAGUACCCCAUCGAGGCCGUCAAGAUGAUGGCUGAGACUGCCUUCCUCGCCGAGUCUUCUAUUGCCUACCCCCCUCUCUUCGACCAGCUCCGUGCCCUUGCUCCCCGACCCACCGAGACUGCCGAGACCCUCGCCCUCUCCACCGUCGCCGCCGCUAUCGAGCAGGACGCCGGCGCCAUCAUUGUCCUCUCCACCUCUGGUGUCUCUGCCAGGCUCUUGUCCAAGUACAGGCCUGCCUGCCCCAUCAUCUGUGUCACCCGCAGCGAGCAGAACGCCCGACAGAUGCACCUCUCGCGUGGUGUUUAUCCCGUCUACUAUCCCGAGCCCCGAGGUGUGCCCGCGGAGAAGUGGCAGAUUGACGUCGACAACAGGAUCAGGUACGGUCUCAAGAGUGCCCUCAACCUUGGUAUCAUCAAGCCCGAGGCUACCGUCAUGGCCGUCCAGGGCUGGAAGGGUGGUCUUGGCCACACCAACACUCUCCGAAUUCUCUCCGUUCCCUCCGACCCCGCCGACCUCGACCUCCACACCAUCGACCGCGAGUAA